AUGCUGUUCCACUGGCUUCUCAUUAUUUUGCCAAUCUAUUCCUAUGGAUAUUUUGAUGGUGAACACUACUAUAGAAAAGCCAGAGAGGACCCGCAGUGGAAAACUGCCUUCACCCAAGCAUUCAAACUCCAUUGCCGCGAUAAGCCAGUAGAUAUGGUAUAUGAUACCUCGAAUCUCGAACUUCUUGACAAUCACGUGUUUUAUGGAACAUCCGAUUCAAGCAAAUACCGUAUAUUCAACAUGCAUUACAACAAGCAAUGGAGCUUCUAUCAGACCGCAGAUGCGUUUUUCAAUAACAUUGGCAAAGAACACAUAGACCUAACGAAGGAAAACACUUGCGAUGUAAGACCAGCAGUACAUAACAACUAA